UUUUCCCUGACCGCGCGCUUCCUUUCACGUGCGCGGCGUCGUACGUAGCUGUUAUUGGAGUUUCUCGGCUCCUUGUUAGCCCGACUCGCUCAAGAUGGUGCAAAGGAAGAUUAAAGGGAAGAAGGGCAAGAAGAAGAUAGCAGCAGCCCCGCUGUCUGUGAAGAAACCUGAACAGAAGAAAGUGACAAACCCGCUUUUUGAAAAGCGUCCUAGAAAUUUCAGCAUUGGCCAGGAUAUCCAGCCAAAGCGUGAUCUGAGCCGUUUUGUGAAAUGGCCGAAGUACGUACGCAUUCAACGCCAGAGGGCCAUCCUGUACCAGCGUAUCAAGGUUCCACCUCCCAUCAACCAGUUCACCCAAUGCUUGGACAGGCAAACAGCUACCAACUUGUUUAAGCUUCUGGACAAAUACAAGCCAGAGUCAAAGGCGGCAAAAAAGCAGCGGCUGCUCCAGCGGGCUGAACAAAAGGCUAAAGGAAAAGAGGAUGUUCCCACUAAGCGUCUUCCUGUGGUUCGCCAGGGUACCAACACCGUAACCUCUCUGGUGGAGCAAAAGAAAGCCCAGCUUGUGGUUAUUGCCAAUGAUGUGGAUCCAAUUGAGCUGGUGCUGUUCCUCCCAGCUCUUUGCCGAAAAAUGGGUGUGCCCUACUGCAUUGUGAAGAACAAGUCUCGACUGGGGCGUGUCGUGCGGCGCAAGACUUGCACUUGCCUUGCCCUGGCACAGACCAAUCCGGAGGACCGAUCCAAUCUUUCCAAGCUUGUGGAAGCCAUCAAGACCAACUUCAAUGAGCGCUACGAGGAGAUCCGCAAGCACUGGGGAGGUGGUGUCAUGGGCAAUAAAUCUGCUGCUCGUGUUGCUAAGCUUGAGAGGGCACGAGCUAAAGAGCUGGCCCAGAAGGUGGCCUAACCAUCUUGCUGUGUCAAAUAAAGUUGGUCUGUCCUCAGUA